UUCAAAUUAAGCUUGAUUGGUCUGGUGAUGCCCAACCUAGCAAUCCGAUGUUAAUCUCCUGUAGCCCCCUCCUCCAGUUUCUCACCGAUUAGGCAAAUACCCCUCCUUCCAUUCUUUUAGUCCCCAGAUCCACCAGUUCAUUCUGAGACUUUUCCUUCUCCAUUAGCCCUCCCACAUGAUGCGUCCAGUCUAUUCUCAUUUCUCUUCUCUCCGUCUAAUCUCCUCCGUCGCUCCAACGCUACGAAUUUGCUUCCACUGCUACUAACUUGGCUAUUAAAUACUCACAUUCAGCCUCAUCCAUUGGCAUAAUUUGGCUUUGUUAUGGUUUCAUUUCUUGUUUGACGACAUUUUUUUCCAAUUUCAAGGUGGCUCAAGUUUGGAUCUUUUUCGUUUUUUCUUUUUCUUUUCGGAUUUUUAUAAUAGCCGGUUAUUGUGCCCCGCUACCGCCGUCGCUUCGCCGGAUUGUUACAGGUUGGUGACCCAAGUGUUUUUUUUCCCGUGUAACUCUUAGUCUGCUUGUGUUAGGAAAUCGUGGGUUAUUCAGUCGACUGAAUUGAAGUGAAUUCUUAACUUUAGUUGUGAAAUCGCACACAUUCAGUCCUAAAGCUUCAACUUUGACACCAUAAUUAAGCGUUAAUGUAGUGAGGGAGAUGAGAAAGAAAGGUUAUAUGACUACUUGGGUGUACUGGUGUUUUGUUUGAUGCCCUCCAAGCUUCUUAAUCAACAGAAAUCUAAUUUACUAAGCAAACAAAUUUACCGAAGAUGCUGGCUUGAUAUAAGAAAAGGAAAAAGGAAAAUUUUCUUCCACCAGAUUGAAUUUCAUUUUCUUUUUAGGAUUUUCUGAAUGAUCAUGUACUUCGUAGUUGGAAUUUCUUAUAAACUUGAUGAAUGAGAAUUGAGCAACAACAUUCGUCGAGCAGAUGAUGGAAUUUGAUUUGCAUUUAGGAUUUUGAGUGAAUGAUUGCGUCCUUCGGGCUAGGAGUUUCUUUUGAGCUUGAGGAAUGGUUUAGUGUACUGGUACAAUAUGGAAGCUACCAGCAGUGUUUAAAGUUUAUGAUUUGAAUUUUGGCCAUUAAAGCGAAUUAGCUCAGUAAUUGAAAGAUUAUUGCUAAUCAAUAUCUAGAUCGGUAUAGAAUUGGUGUAGGACUAAAUGGAAAAGGAAUCAUUGUAAGCUUUACCUGGUAUUAAGUUGCACCUUUUAUGUGGACAAAAGAUACUGCAAAGAUUUCUUGGCUAAACAAACAAAGAAUAUUGGGAAAAGAGGAUAACCACUGAUUUGGUGCUAAUUUUGUUCAUACGAAGAGGACUUCUUGUAAAUGGGACAAUUAGUUUAUUUGAGUAAUCCCUUCUUAAUUAGUUCAUUAUUUAAUAACAAAAGAAGAUUAGAAUGUAAUCAAGGUUUUGGAGACUAGAGAGUCCACUUAGUUUUCUUUCCAUUUUCCUCUAUUUUUUUCUUUUUCUUUAUUUUUGUUUCUUGUCCAUCAAUUUUCAGAAUCCAAUAAGAUUAAAUAGCUCUUAAUUUUCAUUUGCUUUUUUUGUAUUUAUAGUUUAUGGGCUUUAAGAUGUUAGGCAUAUUUUGAGCCUAUUGUGUACACUGUGAUCUGUUCUGGAUUUCUGAAUGAGACCUACUCUUGAAGUGGCUUAUUUUUUCUCUGUCAUGUUUAAUUUGGUGAAUUAGUAUUGCUUCUCCUGUAUUAUGCGCUUGCUCUCUUUCCCUAGUCUAAGCUGUAGUUUAUCUCCAGUUUCUCUCCACCUAACCGAAGGAUUCUGAAUAUCAGAACUGGAGUCAAUUGGUUAAAGUUUGUUUAAACAUAUGCAAAUAAACAAACUUCCUAACCAAAGAAAUCACAACUGUGCCACCACCUAAAUGUUCCUCGCUUCUAGCUUCAGUCUACAUGGAAGAGCUUGUCCUGCUGUUGGACACUCUUUCACCACUGGCAUCCUUGGUUGUCUGAAAGCCUUAUCAACUGCUGCUGUUUCUGGCGGUAAUCAGGGCAGAACUUCCAAUGAUGACUACUUUGUAACCAUUCAUCAUAUAUCUAACAUUAUACGGCGAGAUAUCUACAUGGAAAGAACGCUGAAUAAAAUGUGCAUUUCCAACAUUGUCAACUCAGAGCUGGUUUAUCGAGUGCUGCGCAGCUGCUGCCGCAGUGGUAUUGAGUCCUUCCGUUUCUUUAAUUGGGCAAGAACCCACCACCCAAACUAUGAUCCAACAACACUUGAGUUUGAAGAGCUUCUUAAGACCCUUGCUCGUACUAGCCACUGGGAGACCAUGUGGAAGGUAGCCCAUCAGAUGAAAGUGCAGAACCUCCCUAUUUCACCUUCUGUUGUUUCAUUCAUCAUUGAACACUAUGGUAAGCAUGGGCUUAUCGACCAAGCUGUUGAGCUCUUCAAUCGUCUUAAAAACUUCAACUGUCCACAAACAACAGAAAUAUACAACUCAUUGCUAUUUGCUCUUUGUGAGGUCAAGAAUUUCCAAGGGGCUUAUGCUUUGAUUCGAAGGAUGUUACGCAAAGGUUCUGUGCCUGACAAAAAGACUUAUGCAAUUCUUGUUAAUGGCUGGUGCUCAGCAGGAAAGAUGAGGGAGGCACAGGAAUUUUUGGAGGAAAUGAGUAGAAAGGGCUAUAAUCCUCCUGUGCGUGGUCGGGACCUUUUGAUAGAUGGAUUGUUGAAUGCUGGCUAUGUUGAAUCUGCAAAAGGAUUGGUUAGGAAGAUGAUGAAGGAGGGUUUUGUUCCUGAUGUAGCCACAUUCAAUUCUCUAGCUGAAGCUAUAUGUAAAUCUGGAGAAAUUGACUUUUGCGUUGAUCUUUUUCGUGAUGUUUGUAGAUUAGGGCUUUGUCCUGAUGUGGAGACAUACAAGAUUAUGAUAACCUCAGCCUCAAAAGUAGGGAGGAUUGAUGACGCAUUUCAGUUUCUUCAUAGAUGUAUAGAGGAUGGGACCCGUCCAUUUCCUAGCCUAUAUGCUCCUAUUCUGAAAGCUCUUUGUCGGAAAGGACUGUUUGAUGAUGCGUUGAGUUUUUUCAGUGACAUGAAGCUGAAAGGACAUCCACCAAAUCGACCAGUGUAUACUAUGUUAAUAAAGAUGUGUGCUCGUGGCGGCAGAUUUGUUGAGGCUGCCAAUUAUUUAGUAGAGAUGACAGAAUUGAAUUUGUUGCCCAUGUCACGAAACUUUGACAUGGUGUGUGAUGGACUGAAAAAUUGUGGGAAGCAUGAUUUGGCUAAAAGGAUGGAGCAGUUGGAAAUAUCUCUUCAGGGUCUUUGACUUCAUCCAGCAAGUUCUAUUAAGCUACAUGCGUAUGACUUGGAUUGAUACCCAAUCCAGGAUAAUUGUUCCGAAAGGGGCUUGGUACAGUGUGGCUCUCAAGGGGCUUGGUACAGUGUGGCUCUCUGAACUAAAUUUUGUACUUCUUAGAAGGUAGGCUGGUGUAAAAGAGGCAAAUGACAUCAUUAAUGCACGAGUCCAUGGGUAGGUGAACCCUAGUCUGAAUUUAAGCAUAGAGGCAAAUGACAUCAUUAAUGCACGAGUCCAUCAAUAGGUGAACGCUGUUCUGAAUUUAAGCAUAAAUGAUGCCCAUUGAAGAAUUUUCUGCUGGAUUGGUAUGAUUUGUGAUUUUACUGGGGAGAAGCUACUGAAAUGAUUCUGAGUGAAAUAUCGAUGCAUGAGUAAAUGCAAAUAUGAGAAGCAAUAGAAAGCAACUCUUGGCUCACGAGAGCAAUGGAUUGUCACUGAUAAUUGCAGGAGUUUAUACAGUAGAGCUGAUUACAUUAACUUGGAGCAGAUUGGGGGUAAGAAUAUCAAAAGUGAUUUAAUUCUCUGGAAAAAGACUUUGGUGCAAGAAGCUGGGUAGAUACUGGUGAUGCUUCACAACCUUGGGGAAUGGUAACACCAACGAAUGGGACAAUUGCCUUGUCAUUGAAGAAGUUUUGGUUGGUCCACAAUGAAAUGCACUGUACUGGGUGAGAAAGUAAUAUGCAAAGUUACGAUACAACCUAGAGACAUUGGGCGACUUGAAUCCUUGGUGUGUAGCAUGAAUUCAGUGCCUUUUGAUGCUGGCCCUUGUGUAACUUAGGCUAAUUGGCAUUUGCAUUCAAAUAUAUCACAAAGGCUAUGUACACAUCAUGCAGGUAAAGAAUAAAGCUGCAUGUCUGACUUCUUAUUAUCUUAAUUUCAACACUAGGCGUUUGAAUC